CCCCAUUACCAAAAUACCCCACCGGGCCAACGUUUUUCCUCCCGCAGCCCCUUUCUUUACGCUGUACUGUAAUUUCAUUUUAGGGCUCGUUAGAGCGAGAGAGAGAGAGAGGCGUUGAAGGAGCAGAAGACGAAGACGAUACGAUACGAUACAGAGAGAGAUUAUCCUCACCUGCGAUCGUCUCCGGCGACUCUCCUGAAACAUGAUUAAGCUCUUUAAGGUGAAGGAGAAGCAGAGGGCUGAAAACCCAAAUGGGGCAGCACCUGUCAAGAAGCAAAGCGCAGGGGAAUUACGCCUUCACAGAGAUAUGGGUGAACUGAACCUACCAAAAAGUUGUAGCAUUUCGUUUCCGAAUGGCAAAGAUGACCUGAUGAGCUUUGAGGUGACAAUUCGACCAGACGAAGGAUACUAUCUAGGUGGUACAUUCAUAUUCACUUUCCAAGUUCCGCCUAUGUACCCUCAUGAGCCACCAAAGGUUAAGUGCAAGACGAAGGUUUAUCAUCCUAACAUCGACUUGGAAGGAAAUGUCUGCCUUAACAUUCUUAGAGAAGACUGGAAACCUGUCCUUAAUAUAAACACAAUAAUCUAUGGACUAUACCAUCUCUUCACGCAACCCAAUCAUGAAGAUCCCCUCAAUCAUGAUGCUGCUGCUGUAUUGAGAGAUAACCCAAAGAUGUUUGAAUCAAAUGUCAGAAGGGCAAUUUCCGGUGGUUAUGUGGGACAGACACUCUUCCCCAGGUGCAUGUAAGCAGCUACUUGUGCAUUGAAAUUCAUUGCUCAAAGGUGCAUAAAUUGCAGAUUGGGUUGGUGCUUUUGGCUUUUGCUUUCCCGUGUAUUGUGUGGGAACUAAAAACCUCGGGAAAGCACAAAAAUCUGGUCCAGUUUAAAGUGUUGUAUUCUGGUGUAAACUGUGGUACGAUUGUGUUAUUGGUACGAUUGUGUUAUUUUCUCUUUGAUGACUUUCUUCGUAAAUUGAAUAUGUGGAACACCGGGAGAAUUGGCCUUA